CGGCCGGCGGGGGCUAUGGGCGCGGAGGCCGGGCUGGCGCGCGGGCUGCGGGCGGCGCUGCGGAGCGAGGAGCCGCGGGCGGUGGAGGAGCUUCUGCGCCGCGGCGCCGACCCCAACCUGCUGCUGCCCGGGGGCGCGGCCGCCGUCCACCUGGCCGCCCGGGCGCGACACCCCCGCCUCCUGCGCUGCCUGGACGCGCUGCUCCGCGGCGGCGGCGACCCCAACGCGCGGUCCGCCGAGGCGCUGACCCCCCUCCACGUGGCCGCGGCCUGGGGGUGUCGCCAGGGCCUGGAGCUCUUGCUUCGCCAUGGAGGGGACCCCGAGCUGCGCGAUCAGGAUGGACUCCGGCCGCUGGACCUGGCAGAGCAGGAAGGUCACCAGCACUGUGCCUGCCUCCUGAGGGGGCUGUACACGCCCUCGUGCACCCCAACAGACACCCUGGAACCCCAACCCCCGCCCUCCAGCCUCCAAGGAACGGGGUGCCUCUCCAGCCCUGCUGGACCUCUCCAGGCGACCUCAGACUCCGCAACUCCCGGAAUAGGUGACCCCAGCAAGGAUGGGGACCUGGAGGCCGGCCCCGGGCCCCCCAGCUCUGAGUUUGCCUCUGAGGAAGAUGGAGGACCACACACACCCAAGGGCAGUUCGGACGCCGCCUCCUCCUCCUCCUCCUACUACUCCUCCUCCUCCUCCUCCUCCUCCUCCACCUUUGUCACUGCCCUGGAGGCCUCUGAGGCUGAGGACCUGGGCCCAGGGCGCCCUGCCGACACCCAGAGUCCUCCCUGGGCCAGGCGGGGCCUCGCAAGGGAGCUGGGGUUCUCAGUCACAGGAGGAUGGGAGGCAGAGCUCCAGGCGGGGGUCCAGGCCCUCAGCCUGAGUCAGCCAGCGGCAGCCCCGGCCCGGUGCCCCCUCAGGGAACCCCAGGCUGCACGCCCAGAACCCCAUUACCAGGCAGAGGCGCCGUCGGCCAAGGCUGCCCAGCGGGUGACACAGGACGUAGGGGAACCCUCGGACCUGGAGCUGCUGCGGGGUCUGCGGGCGCUGGGCGAGGACCCCGGACCCGUCACCCCCUUCACGCGCCCCCACUUCCUGCGGCGGCUGCAGGAGGCCCAGGCCGUUCCCGGACACAGCCCCGAGCUGGCCGAGGCCCUGAGGACGGGCUGGGUCCCCGAUGCCCAGGAGGACGAGGAUGCCAUGGCCCGAGAGUUCCAGCAGCCAGACCCUCGCAGGCCAUGGAGGGGGGGCACCGCCAAGGCCAGCUUCACCUACCUGCUUCUGGACCCCAGGGAGACCCGCAACCUGGCAGCCAGAGCCCCGUCCCUGCCUCCGGCCGAGUGCCUGCAGACGUUUGUGAGAGCCAUCUUCUACGUGGGCAAGGGAACCCGCACCCGGCCUUACGCCCACCUCUGGGAGGCCCUGAGGGAGCGAGGGAGGCCGGGGAAGGAGGCCUGCCCAAAGCUGCUCCGCAUCCGGGACAUCUGGGCCAGCGGCCAUGGCGUGGUGACCCUACACUGCUUCCAGCACGUGACGGCUGUGGAGGCCUAUACCCGGGAGGCCUGUCUGGUGGAGGCGCUAGGUCUCCAGACGCUGACCAAUCGGAAGCACGGACACUGCUACCGGUUGACCGCCGCCUGGCCUCCGGCCCGCCGCCGCCGGCUCGGGGUGCACCUGCUGCAGCGCGCCCUGCACCUGCUCCUGGCCGAGGGCGAGCGCCAGCUGAGGCCCCAGGACCUGCAGGCGCGCGGCUGACCCGGGGGACCCCCCUGCUCUGGGGGGCCUGGGUCCCAGCGCAUUUUGGGGUGCGGUGUAGCUGGGAGCCCCAGGCCUGGGCCCGCACGCAGCCAAGGUGGAUUCGUGGGGAACAGGUGUGGGGUGUGUGGGGCUGGGUCUGACAUCAGCACCCCCAGUCUCCCCCCACUGUGCAAAUCAGAACUGUGCCUCCAUGCCCCCUGUGCUUUGAGAUCCUAAAGAUAAUUAUUUGGGGUGGAGGGUAGACAGCAUAAUGAUUAUGCAAACAGACUCUCAGGCCUGAGCUCCAAAGUCCCAGAUUCGAUCCCCCGCACCACCAUUAGCCAGAGCUGAACAGUUGCUCUGGUUAAAAAAAAAAAAAAAAAAAUUAAAAAACCAU